CUUAUUCCUCUGAUGUCACUCAUCCGUGACGUCGCUUGGAAAGCGAUAAAACGGACCAUGUGUAAAACAUUAAAAGAAGAGGUCCAGGAAAAAGAGAAAUUACACGAGGACCCCACACCUGUUGUUUUAAAGUUAACAAAGAAAAGAUUGACAGAGACAGCGCGCCUGCUCCGAAAUGUCUUCACACGAUCAUCAGGCAGAAUGCCUACAGCUGUGGACCAACCCCCUCCCUCACCCACGCCAUCACGUCAGAAACGCUUAAGCUCGAAAUGUGAUGGCUAUGCCUUCUCACAGGAAGAACAUGGUGUCCUUACUCAGGCGGAACUCAUCCGAGUUUAUGACAGCAAUAAAGAGAAGCCCGAGGGACUUUAAUAUGACUAUCAGUAUUACUCCCUGUUGUAUCCCUGCUACUGUGAUGUGUCCAUGUAGCUAGUGUCAGCUAUCAUCAGGAUUCCAUCAACUUAUCAGACUGGUCAGCCAUCACUCUGUCAGAACCGAUCAACUUUCACACUCAGGACUGGUCAGCCAUCACACUGUCAGGACUGGUCAGCCAUCACUCUGUAAGGACUGGUCAACCAUCACACUGUCAGGACUGGUCAGCCAUCACACUGUCAGGACUGGUCAACCAUCACACUGUCAGGACUGGUCAGCCAUCACACUGUCAGGACUGGUCAGCCAUCAAACUGUCAGGACUGGUCAGCCAUCACACUGCCAGGACUGGUCAGCCAUCACACUGCCAGGACGGGUCAGCCAUCACACUGUCAGAACGGAUCAGCCAUCACAUUGACAGGACUAGUCAGUCAUCACACUGUCAGAACUGGUCAGCCAUCACACUGACAGGACUGGUCAGCCAUCACACUGUCAGAACGGAUCAGCCAUCACACUGACAGGACUGGUCAGCCAUCACACUGUCAGUACGGGUCAGCCAUCACACUGUCAGGACUGGUCAGCCAUCACACUGACAGGAGUGGUCAGCCAUCACACUGUCAGGACUGGUCAGCCAUCACACUGUCAGGACUGGUCAGCCAUCAAACUGUCAGGACUGGUCAGCCAUCACACUGUCAGAACUGGUCAGCCAUCACACUGACAGGACUGGUCAGCCAUCACAAUGUCAGGACUGGUCAGCCAUCACACUGUCAGGACUGGUCAACCAUCACACUGUCAGGACUGGUCAGCCAUCACACUGUCAGGACUGGUCAGCCAUCACACUGUCAGUACGGGUCAGCCAUCACACUGUCAGAACGGAUCAGCCAUCACACUGACAGGACUAGUCAGUCAUCACACUGUCAGAACUGGUCAGCCAUCACACUGACAGGACUGGUCAGCCAUCACACUGUCAGGACUGGUCAGCCAUCACACUGUCAGUACGGGUCAGCCAUCACACUGUCAGGACUGGUCAGCUAUCAUACUGUCAGUACGGGUCAGCCAUCACACUGUCAGGACUGGUCAGCCAUCUCACUGUCAGGACUGGUCAACCAUUGCAUUAUUAAAGCCAAUAAGCCAUUUAAGCCAUUUUGAUCAACAGACUGUCAAAAGUUUUGGACUAGCUGAUUAGCAUACACUUAUCAUCAUCUGACUCUACAAUCAUGAUUGACUAUCGGACAGUUGGAAUCAUUUGACCUUUAGAUCAUACAGUUGUAAUUACCUAAUCAUAACAGUGAGUGUUACCUGAACAAGCAUACAUACAGUUGGAUAACCUGACCUACUUACAAGCAAGACCAGUGAACAUCAUACAGAUUAUAAUUUUAACACCAUACAAUUAACCUUACCACCAUACAGAUAGGAUACCUUGACCUACACACAGGCCAGAUAAGUGAUAACCAUACAGAUUUUUUAACACCAUACAUCUGACCAUCAUACAAAUUAUUUAGCAGACCAGUACGCAGUGUAUUUUACAGCGAGUGUAAAACAGACUUCCCACCAGUUUAAAUCAGUUUAUUUAUGAAUGAGAGCGGAGAGUAUAUAUAUCUAAAUAUCACCUUAUUGUCAUGGCUUUAUGGUGAAGGAAUGACUGACGAGAAUUGUGUUUGUGGCCAAGUAGUUUUACAUAAUUCUGAUGUCUCAUUGUAAUCUUAAAGAUGAAAAGAUUUUUUUUACCAUUAUAUCCAUACUUCAGUAACACAUUAAACCAGAAUAUGCUGAACUGCACACUUUUGUCUAUUUAUCUCUGUGGGACACAAUCAAAUAUAUAAUUAUCAGUUUUAACCUGGUUUUUACUGAGUCAAUCAACAAUGCUGUGUUACUUAUAGAGGAUAAAUUCAGGUAUACCACUGACCGAUAAUGUCCUGGAAAUUCUACUGACAAAGCUGUGUUUGACUGCCCACAUCUUAUACAGAAUCAUCAUUCAACUUCAGUCUAUUAGCAUAAUAUUUGAAAAUGAAAUGGUCCCAUUGUUAUAAGCAAAAAAUGAUUUAAUUCAUUGAGUCUAUGUAUGAUAGAUGAACAUUUAUUAUUCUGUUUAUCUUUGUCCUAAUAUUUGUUAUCAUUCAAGAAGGGUUGAUGUUUAGAGAUCAUAAUGUAGUGGAGUUCACAUGGAAGUAAUAACUGGAGAUGUUCAUAUUUUAUGUGAAGAAAUAUUUUAUUGAAAUUGAUCUCUUAACUGUUCAUAACUUAUAUAUUACAAACAGCACUAUCAUGCAAAUAUUCAUUUUGCAAAUUUUGGUUGUAAAAAGUUUAAUAGAAAUGAGUAUUGAUGAAGGUGAAAUACCUGAGGCUGUAAAUGAUUUUUCUGCCAAGCACUGUAUUGUUUUGUUUUUAAACAAUUACAGACACAUCUAGGAAAGAAACAGAUGAAUCAUCAACACCAUUGAUAAUAUCAUUAUAGAAAAAUAUUCAUUUAUCCAAGCUAAAAUAAAACUGUCAACAGAACCCUUUUUUUAAAGAUUUUUUGCUAAAUUUUUGUCAAUUAGAUUUUACAGAAUGAUAUUAAUAACUGGCUCAUUUUCACCAGAGAAUGAUCAAAAGUGAAGAUUGGUAUCUAGUGAGUGAAUGACAGAAAGGCAUAUAUUGUGGAUUGCCUCCCUUUAAUCUUGAGUCGAAAUGUAUGCUUGGAAUCAAUCAUUCAAGAUGAUAUUUUUUUUGUCUUGUAAAAGUAAAUCUGUAUGUAACUCUUAUACUCCAGCUUCUCCACAAGUUUCAGUUUCGGGUAUGAAUUUGUCAAGCGGGUGGAUGUUUCAGAUGCUACCAUUUAUAUAAGAAAAUGUAUUACCAGGUAGUGUUUUUUGUUCAGAAUGAUAUUGUUUGAAAAAUAUAUUAAUAUAUAUAUAUGUACAGAUGUAUACAAAUCAUUUCGUUCUUGUCUCAAUUUUCCCUUUUAUCUAAUCAUACGUAUUUUUGAUGUUUAAGUGAUGCUGGGAUUUAAUAGUUUAUUGUAAAUAUUUCUUAAACUGUCACUCAAGUCCUUAUUAGAUAAUAAAUUCUAGUUUAAUGUUAGCACAGGGUCAAUCAUACCAUUCAGUCAUAUUAACAGAAGAUUUAUGAUAGUUUUACAUUCAUCUUUCUUUGAUGUAUCAUUUUAUCUUUAAAGUUGGCAAGUGUGCAGCCAUAUUACAAUACAAUAGAAGCUAUUUUACAGAUGUCUAGGAUCUUGCAGGAAUUUCUCUUUGAUACAAGUUUAUCUAACAAGCUUUUAGAAUUUUUUUUGUUUUAUUAAGCCUUUGCCAAGCUGAAAUGAAACAUUUUUCGUAAGUAAUACCAAAAUUAAUUUAAGAUUAAUUUUUUAAUUGCUGGAUGAAUUGUUCAGGCAAAUGUUGUAGAAAACAUUUUGAUGUCUGAAGUCAUUUAACACCACAUCUGCUAUAUCUGUAUGAUAUAUACAUUGUUAUGUCAUAAUACAAUCUGUGACUGUGUGACGUCAUUUGAUUAUCUAGAACUGAUGCCAUAAUCGGCUGUUUUUUGUUUUACCACCUGCUAUAUAUUGCCAACAAUCUCAUUCCACACAUCAUUUUUUUAUUAUAUAAAUUCAGCCCCAAAAUUGAUUUUAACAUCAGCCUUAUUAACAUUUUGAUAACAAAACAAUUUUUCCAGUAAAACUGAUAUGUGCUGACAGCUUGUAUGCAUAGUAUUUUAAGAAUGGCUGUUGUCAUGAAUAUCAUAAGAAACCUUGUAGCAGUUUUCUUCGAAAGUCAGGUAUGAUAUGAAAAAAUAAAAAUUAUCUAAAAUAUUUCGUAACUGAAGUUUCUAUCUGUGAUAGUUUUGUGCCUGUGCUUGAAGUUCCCAUCUUUCUCGUUUUCUGCUUUCUAGUCAUAUUGUUAUGUGCCAUGUCUGUCUUUGUUGACACUGCAGCCAAUCAAAAAUUGUAUCUCAAGUUGAUCAGAAUUAACAAAUCCAUCUAAGUGUAGUUAUAAUUAUGAUAUUUGGUAAUUCUAAUUCCAUUAGUUUACUACAGAUUUAAAUCAUAACACGUUGAUUUUGUAAAACCUUAUUUAUGGUGGUUUUUUCAAUGAAGAUAAACAUGGGUCUUUUUCUCUUUUUAUUCUGUGGGGAAGGGGUGGGUUAAAUUGAAAAUUUGAGAAUUUAUUUGAAACAAAAAACAGGUUUGGUGAAAGAGUUUGACUGAUUGGGUUUCUGUUGUAAUAUAAUAUAUAAAUUGGUUUAGAUAUUGACCUUGCUCUGCUGUAUUAUCCUGUAUAGUGAGAGUAUCCUGUAGAAGUAUUGUAAAUUCAUUAACACAAUAAGUUCAACCAUGGUGACACCAUGUCUCCUCGUCACUAGGUUUCUGUUUGAUGGAGGGAAAUUUCAUAUGAUCUUGUUAAUUACAGUCAGUCAUGUCUUCUUUUUAAGCAGUAUAUUCACAAAACCUGCCUAAGUAUCAUAAACAAAACCACACAAAAAGGCAGAUAUUUAAUACAUAGUCAUUUCAUAAAUUCAGACUAUUUUUCAUAAACUUUCGUGCACAAAAAUUGCUUUAUAAAUCAAAUAAUACAUGUAAUUAAAUCUUUGUAGAGUUAUUGGUAUAGCAUAUUUUCACUUAUCAAUUUUAAAUUCAACUUAAUGUUUUUUUAAUUUAUUGAAAUUUAUAAUUCAUAUUGGUCAUACAAAUAUAGAAACUGUAAUAAGAGUAUUGUUAUUGGUUAGCUGUAUCAUGUGACCUGUAUUAUAGGUUAUCUGCCUGUAUUUUCAGGCUACCCAUACAGAUAUGGGUAUGGGUAAUAAUGAUGAAAUUAUUGGUAAAGUUGUUUACCUGUAUUAUGGAUAAUUGUAUUAAUUGUGGGUUUCCAGUGUUAUUUGGAUAACCUGUAUAAUUGGUUACCUGUGUCAUAGAUUACCUGUGUUAGUAGGGUUGUCUGUAUUAUGGUGUGCCUGUGUUAUUUUAUCUGUAAUAUGGAUAAAUUGUGUUGUUGUUUACCUGUAUACUAUGUAACAUGUAAACAAUAGUUUCUUUUGUAUAUUUCAGGAGACAUAAGGUAUAAAUGUUUUGUAUUUCUCUUUAGUAAUUGCUUUAAUCGCAGUUAUUUUUUUUUUUUUUUUUUGUAAUUUUGUUCUUGGUUUCCAAGUUACACCACAGAGUCUGUGUUUAUACAUGGAGUUUUCUGUCAAGUCCCCUGAUCUAAAACUGUUAGUUUUUGUAAACUGACAUGUUUGUGUUGAUGCAUUUACAUAGAAAUCGGAAAUAAAUCUCUCUUUUUUUU